AUGGUUGGAAUUACUAAGCAUAUGACGAUAGGGUUCAUAGACGUUAAAUCCAGAAAUAAUGACUGCAUCCUUCACUGCACCGAAGAAUUAAAUUCUACUAAUAUGUUAUUAAUAGAUGAAACUCACACAACCAAUAUUUGUUCAGAAGACUGCGAGUGUUUCUCUGUCAGCAACGCUUUGCUUAAUCAUCAAUAUUCAAUAGAGCAGCUAGCAAAGCAUCAAAAGCAUUUAUCAUCUCCAUGA